AUGUUGAACCGAUCAUCAAGCAACCCAGAUCUAAACCUACACACCCUUGACUUGCCAGUCCUUUUGACCCAUACUUCAUACCUGAUGUCUGAAGUCCCAAUGAACAUCGCCGACUUCGUUCCCAGAUCUGAGGCAGAUAUUCAAGACCAUCUUCGAUUCCUGUACAACACUUCGGUCAGCCAUCCAGUCCAAAAUGGUCCUCGUCAUCUGAUCAAUCAUCAGAUGAACAUUCAUAUGACAUCGGUCCAAUCCGUCACUAGAAAAGCAGAGACGGAUCAGCUCUUACAAGGAUAUAUACGAUGUCCUGAGAUCACUUUUGGCAAAACGGAUGACGACGGUAAUCAGAUUGUGAGAAUCGAAUACCAUUUCAGACACGCUCAAGAAGGGGAAGUAACACCAGAGCAGAUGAAAGGAGGUAGACGCUUGAAUAGCGUUCUCUUCUAUAAAGAUCAGUACAUAUCAGAUGAACAAGGCCCAAUGCUUGAAAGGUACAAUGAGAUCAAUAUCGAUGGAUGGGAGAUCUCUUGGGAAGCUUGUCUGAACGCGCAGAAUCUCAAAGACAUGUACGAUGGUACGUCAGAAACGUCAUGGCUGGCAGAAGCUGAUCAGUAUGACUAUGUGGCUUCUUCAGAGAUCAUGAAGUUGUUCAUUCUGUCUAUCGAGGAUAGUACCACCUGCAUUACGGAGAAGGUUGAGAGGAAAAAACCCAUCUCGAAAACCUCUAAUCUGAACAACGAUGUUCGAUUGAUUCAUACUUUUACAGUCCUCGAUGAUGAGGGCAAGAAACCUCACAAUCUGCAUAGUAUCCAUGGAGAUGAGAUAAAAAUUGAUCAUCUGAUAUUGUCUAUGUCUUAUACUUUGUAUCAUCACUUGUAUUAA